CAAACACCUUCAAGAAACUGCAAUUCCCAGCAUACCCACAAUGGAAAAUCUAUUCCCUUUAGCGGACCGCGAUGAGUCCUUCGCUCGGCGGUGCGUCUGGGUCAGUGGGCCUGUCAUCGUCGGGGCUGGGCCUUCUGGCCUGGCCACGGCGGCCCUGCUCCGCGACCAGGGCGUCCCGUUCGUGGUGCUCGAGAAAACCGACUGCAUUGCCUCGUUAUGGCAAAAGCGCACCUACGACAGGCUCAAGCUCCACCUGCCUAAGCAGUUUUGCCAACUGCCGAAACUGCCGUUCCCUGAGGACUUUCCUGAGUACCCGACCAAGAGGCAGUUCAUUGACUACCUCGAGGCGUACGCCAGGCGGUUCGACAUAGACCCGCAGUUCAACGAGCGUGUGCAGUCCGCGAGGUACGAUGAGACGAGCAGCCUGUGGCGUGUGCGGACUGUGUCCACGGUAGGGGGUGGCCGGGCCGAGGUCGAGUACAUCUGCCGUUGGCUCGUCGUGGCCACGGGUGAGAACGCGGAGUGCGUGACGCCAGACUUUGAGGGCCUGGCGGAGUUUGGUGGGGAUGUCAUGCACGCCUGUGAGUACAAGUCCGGCGAGAAGUUUGCCGAGAAGAAGGUCCUGGUCGUGGGGUGUGGCAAUUCCGGAAUGGAAGUGUCUCUUGAUCUGUGCAACCACAAUGCAUCGCCGUCCAUGGUGGUUCGCGACUCGGUUCAUGUUUUGCCAAGAGAAGUUCUAGGAAAAUCCACAUUUGAAUUGGCUGUUCUGCUGAUGAAAUGGCUACCACUCUGGCUGGUUGAUAAGCUGCUGCUUAUCCUGGCUUGGUUGGUUAUUGGCAACGUCCAAAAGUAUGGGCUGACGAGGCCAUCGGUGGGUCCAAUGGAGCUCAAGAACACCAAGGGCAAGACCCCGGUUCUGGACAUCGGCGCGCUAGCGAAGAUCCGAUCCAUGGAAAUCAAAGUCGUUCCCGGAAUAAAGAAGUUCACGCGUAACCAUGUCGAGCUUGUCAACGGCGAAAAGCAUGAAGUCGACUCGGUGAUUCUGGCCACAGGAUACCGCAGCAAUGUCCCUUCUUGGCUAAAGGAAAACGAGUUCUUUUCCAAGGACGGCUUCCCGAAACCAACGUUCCCAAAUGGCUGGAAGGGAAACUCGGGGCUAUAUGCAGUUGGGUUUACGAGGAGAGGGCUCUCCGGCGCGUCUUCGGACGCAGUUAAAAUCGCGCAGGACAUCGGCAAGGAGUGGAAGGAGGAGAUGGGGCAGAAGAAAACGAGCACUCCUACCCACAGAAGAUGCAUCUCCCAAUUCUGAACUGAAGGAACACUCAAAGACCCACCCACUUUUCGCAUUAUUCUCAGAUGUACAAAAUGAGUAGGGAUGUUAACUUCUUUAGUUCAGUCUGAGAAACAAAAAAGAACAGACGUAGCACACGGACGAGCCCUCUCCGACCGGCCCAAGUUUUGGAUCAGUUGGGCAUUUUUGU